AUGAUCCCCAAGAGCGGCGGUGACUACGCCUAUAUCCACGAGGCCUUCGGUUCCCUCCCCGCCUUCCUGUUCAUGUGGAUGGCGCUGCUGAUCAUCCUGCCGACGUCCAACACCGUCAUGGCUCUCACCUUCGCCAAGUACAUCAUCAAACCGGCCUUCCUCAUGUGCGACGGAAUCCCCGAUGUUCCCGUCAGGUUGAUUGCAGCCGUGAUCGUGUGCUUCCUAACCUGGGUGAACUGCACAAACGUCAAAUGGGCCACGAAGGUACAAGGAAUUUUCACCGCAGCGAAAAUCAUGGCGCUUCUGAUCAUCAUCGUCGCGGGGAUCUACCAGCUCUGCAAUGGACACGUCGAGAACUACCAGGAUGCCUUCGAGGACACCAAUUGGAGUAUUACAUCCGUCUGCACCGCCUUCUACCAGGGGCUCUUCUCCUUCGCCGGGUGGAACUGUCUGAACUUUGUCGUCGAGGAAUUAAAAGAUCCAUUUAAAACCCUCCCCCGGGCCAUCCUCAUCUCCAUGCCCAUCGUCACCCUCAUCUACUUCCUCACCAACAUGGCCUACUUCGUUGUUCUCGAGCCCGACGAGGUGCUGGCGUCGGAGGCUGUUGCUCUGUCGUUUGCCGGUCGAGCCCUUGGAGUGUUGAACUGGGUCAUGCCCAUCUUCGUCGCUCUCUCCACCUUCGGGAGUCUCAACGGCUGCAUCUUCGCCUGUUCUCGCCUCUUCUUCGUGGGCGCUCGGGAGGGGCACCUUCCACAGGCUCUGGCGCUCAUCAACGUGCACACCAUCACACCCGUCCCAGCCCUCGUGUUCUUGGGCUUUAUGACAUUGUGUAUGCUCGUGACUUCCGACACGUUGGUGCUGAUCAAUUAUGUGUCCUUCUCCGAGUCUCUGUUCGUCUUUCUGUCCAUCGCAGCCCUACUUUGGAUGCGCUACAAGGACCCGCAUCGCCACAGGCCAAUAAAGAUCUGGAUUGGGAUUCCCAUCGUGUUCUUCUUCAUCUGUCUGUUCCUCGUCGUCUUCCCUAUAGUGGAACGCCCCGUCGAGCUGGGUAUUGCUAGUGGCAUCUUCUUGGCUGGCGUUCCGGUCUACUAUCUGUGCGUUCACAAGGCGAACAAGUCUAAGAAAUUCUGUGCAUUUAUGGGAAAAUUUACAUCCGUUAUCCAGCUGCUGUACCAUGGACUGCCCGAGGAAGAUGAUGAAUGAGACUGAAAAUUUAUUGUUACGAUACUACCGACAAAUGAUGACCUGUAACGUCACGAACAGAAUCGUAACUGGUCUAGUUCAAUUUAUAACUUUACUCAAGUACAUGUAAUUACCAUAAUGGUAUAUAUCGAGAGGCGUAAAGUGUAUCUUCUGUUUUGUGAAUUUAAUCACUCUUAUUAUUUUUUUUCGUGUAUGUUAUGGUUGUAUUGGCAGUUGCUGCUCGAGUAAGAUAAGAUCUGGAGUAGAGUAAUUAUAAGACUGAUAUAAUUGUAGCUGGUGAAAUUUCUUUCUCAUUCAGGUUUUAAAAUAUUAUUAGAAGUAGUAGUAGAAGCAGUAUUACUAUAAUUACUAUUUUAUUAUUGUAAUCAAAGUAGUAGUAGUAGUAGGAGUAUUAGUAGCAGCUGUAGUAGUAGUAGUGGUAGUAGCAGUAUUGAUUGUAGUAGUCGUAGUGGUAUUAGGUUAGCUUUGAGAUUAAUAUUUGCCUUCAUUUCUAACUGAAUGUUUCUUGUUACAUUUGCCUUCGAAAAAUCUCUAUAUUUUUGUUUCCCUUUUAAACCUUUAAUAAAUAUUUCACAUUCCAGUGUAAGCGUCCAUCACUAUAUGGCCCAUAAUACUUAUUAUGUUGUAAGUGUAUAAACUUUACGUAUGCUAGACAGUUAUCGUUUUAGAUAACUUCUCACCACACGAGCAUCUUGUGUACUGUGAUCAUGUAAAACGAUUCUGUGUUAGAUAUUGCUGCAAGUAUAGUUGUAUAAGAUUAGUUUUAAGUCAAAGUUAUUGUCAGUAUACUCGGAGGAACAUCAUUAAAUGCGCAGUUCCGGCAGGAGCAUUUCAUUUGUUCUGGGGUAUUAUAAUAUAGGUAGUAGCUGAUAUGACCGUAGGCGUAACUAACAAGCUUUUUGCCCAACAGUUUUAGUUUUAAUGCCCUAUCCGGCGAACAUUCUUGGAAAACCGGUAAAGUUAACAAAAGCAAGAUUUUCGGUUCGUCCCCGCAAGAAUCAACGAGUAAAUAAUUACAUACAUAAUAUACGAAAAAAUAAAUUCCAAAGUCAAAUGCAUUUAUUCCUCUCAAAAUCAGUAAAUGGAAUUCAUAUAACCAGAAUA